AUAAAAUGAUUACGGUUUUGUACACUACACGGUAGAUAAUAUGUAUAUCAUUCCCAACGAGAAUUAUUACACAUUUCUGUUGUAAAAAUAAUAUUACGUAUGUAUAAUAAAAAAAAGUAAUGUCGCGUCUACGAAAAUGAUAAUAUUUCGGUCGCGGUUUGGUCGGCGGCGACGGCUGAAACCAGUUUUCCCCCUCGUUCCGCAGUAACGUAAUGACGUUUUAUUCUCUACUACAACACUGUUAUAAUACUGCGACGGUCAUCGUCGGCCGCGAAAAUUCACUCUCUUUUUUUCGAUUCCAAAACGACGUGAUAAAAGUGUAGUAACUUCGUCGUCGUCGUCGUCGUCGUCAGUGUGUGGGGUAUCGAUCGAGAGCAAAAAAAUUUGAAAACCGACACCGACCGUUUCCGACCCGACCCAAAAAGAAGAACCGGCCGGCCCUAUAUCAUUCGAGAUGUUUACGACGUUAUGAUAUAUUAUUAUGUUAACCGCUCGCGCGCGCGUGUAAAUAAUCGACGGUCGUGUAUUCAUUAUUAUUUUUUUCCUCUUGACGGGCGGCGGCGGCGGCAGCAACAGCAGCAGCGACCGCGCGCCACACACACACACUGUGCUCUGCCGCGGAACCAGCGACCGAGACGAGUAGGAGAGGCGGCACACACACACAAAACGGGCGCUCGACGAGCACUCGCCCGCCCCCGUCGGCACUGGCGUCAGUGCGGCCGCAGAGCGCGUGGGUGCCAGUUCAGUGUGUUUGGCGUUGCGUUCUUUUUUUUUCGUUUUCGAUUUUUCGGGCGGUCCGUCUUGCCCUCGUCACCCCGACGAAGGUUUUGUUUAUCGUUCUCGCCGCCGCACAGACAUGUCGUCCGUCAUCAACGUGCGGCUUAACGAAAAGAUGACGUUACAGUUCGUCGAGCUGUACCGCGACCAGCGAGUGCUUUGGGACAAGGAGCACGAGGCGUACAACAAACGGACGGAGCGGUUGCGGGCGUACCGACGGAUCGCUGAGGCCAUGUCCGUCGAGGGGCUGGGCGUGCCCGAGGUGGCCAGCAAAAUCAAGAACAUCCGGUCCACGUACUUGCAGGAACUGAAGAAGAUCAAAGACUCGGCGCAGCGACAUCUGGUCCAGUCCGAGGAAGAGGUGGCCUCUGCGCCGUACGUGCCCAAGCUGCUCUGGUUCUCCAUACUGGACUCGAUGAUCGGCGGCGCGGCCGUCAAACGCCUCUACUCGUCACCGUCCACCGCCGACAUGCUGUCCAUAGAUUAUGCUAACGACAGCAGCUGCCCCGCGGGUUCCAAUAAUUACUGCACUCCGUACGACUACAGCUCAUCGUACGCUUGUGACUCAGCGGACCCGGUCAAGAGACCAUCGUCAUCGUCAUCGAUGGCGGAUGAAACGCCGCCCGUCAAGAGGCUGAUGUACGAACGACAGCAGUCGUCCGUCGAGCUUUUCUCCAGAUACAUUGCCACCUCCCUGGAAGCACUGCCGCCGCGGCUGUCGGUGCGGGCGCAAAAGGAAGUACACGACGUCCUCGUCAAGUACAAGUUUAUGGAAUUGGACCAACUAGACCAACAGCGUUGACUAUAUCAUACUAAUAAGUAUACGCGGCUUAGAAAUAAAAUCGUCCGAAUGUACCUAUACAAAUUGUGGUGUUAUCCCAUCGCGGUUCGUUUAACAACGGUGAUUAACAACGAUGGAUCAUUGACUUUCCUCUAUCUCAGCGUGUCAUUUUUUCGACCAAAAUAUACGCAUCUUUUUCAUUGCGAAACGACGGAGGGCUAGCGUGUAUAAUGUUAUUUGGAAUAUAAAUAAUAAACCUCUUUCUAUACGCGUCUGGUGUUCAGCCUUUUUCUGUGCGCACGUCGAAAGUCCCGAGCACGUUAUUAUAAUACGUAUUGCGCACCUAUGAAUAACAUAUACAUGGCCCCGCCUGUCUGCCAGGUGUUCAGAAAAUAUUAUCAAUAAUUUUAAACCGUAUACUAUCGAGAACAAACGCCAAACGGUUUUUUAAUUCAACGUUGGGAACGUAUUAUAUACAUUGCGGGUACGUAUACCUACUAUUAUUUUAUGAUAUUAAUUAUGGUGGGUAAUACUUCUAUUUACUAUCGUUUUGUUCGUCGUUCGUGUAAAACCUACUUUUUCGCUUUCCGUUUUGAUUUCCUCGAAAUUGAUAAAUAUAAAGAUCACUCGAACGAUCGCUCUCUUCGAAGUGUAUCGUACACAUUUCUAUAAAACUAUAGAGCCGAGCAUUCGAAGAAUAUUUUACCAUGAAAUGUUUUUUUACCAUACAUCCGAACCCGAACAGAGGCGUGACUUGAGGCGACGCUAAAAAUAUCCAUUAUUACGCAAAUUGGCCGCUGCGCCGACUUCAAAGCGAACGUUUUCGAAUCGAUAGGGACCGUAAUCUCGCGGCGCUGAAUCUGCGCGUUAUCGACUAGAGACCCCCUACGACUCCACUCUCACUACUACCUUUGGACGAAUUUUGUUUUGUAUGAAAUCGGACCGGCGCUGAACGACGAGAGAACCAUGUUUUUUUAUUGUCAUCACUCAUCAAUCGCAGCGUAUACUUAGUACUUAAGUAAAGGUAAAAAUCGAGUGUUUUUUUUUAUCCCGGUAUAUUAUGGUGUAUUGUAAAAUGUUUGUAUAUAUCUAUUUUAUGACUGAUUGAUGUAUUUGUACUUUUGAUUUAUCAUCGGAUUAUAAAAAUCGAGACAAAUCUUAUUAAUAUUAUUUUAAUUUAAUACCUACCCUGUACAUAAUUUAUUGUAUUAAAUAAAUAUAAUGUAUUGUAUUUUAUAA